AUGUCCGGACGACGACCUGCCGACGGGGCCUCUCCAGGUCAACCUGAACCCAAGCGGGCGAGGGUCGAUGCUCCCGCGCCAGGUGCGGGUGCACCUCUGGAUAUGGCCGCCAUCCGAGCGCAAAUAGCAGCUAGAAAAGCCCAACUUGAAGCUGCUUCAGGACGAUCCACACCUUCCUUACCAUCCGCUCCCACACCCACGAGCGCAUCUGCAGCGACAAGUGCACCUGGACCAGCUGCACUUCCACCCAAACCAUCAAUGGACGCAUCAAUCGCAGACAGAUUAGCAGCUGCCAAAGCAAGAAUUGAAGCUUUGAGCGCACGAAACGCCAAUCCAUAUUUAUCAGGUUCAGGUACCAUGCCAAAAUCCGAUGGUGGUAAUAAACAAUCGUCUCGGUCAGGUUCUGGAUCUACAUCAUCCGCUCAACCUGGAGUCAGUAGUAUCGCAUUACAUCCUUUAUUAAUGAAUCAAGAACAACAAGCUCAACAAGCUGAAAAAAAUGAAAAGAAAGUGUUAAGAGAUAGAUAUAAAACAAUGGCACCUAAAUUUACUUCUGUAAAAGCGAACGCUGCUAUAGUAUCUUCUACUACACCUUCAAGAAAUUCACCUGCAGCUCCAAUCUUGAAUCCAUACGCAUCAUCCUCAACAGCAAUUGCAAAUUCAGCAAGUCCAGUUCCGGAAGAAGAAAGAGCUCCAAUAAGGAGAAGUAAGAAAUUACAGUUUAGUCGAGCAGGUAAAUAUGUCGCUCAAGGUGAUCUCUUAAGGAAUGAACAAAAAAUGGACGCUUUAAGACAAAGGAUAGCAGAAGCUAGUAGACGAGCUGGAUUAGAUAGCGAAUUCGAUACUUUAGAAAGAAGUCUCAAGCGUCAACCUCCACCUGAAGUUGAAUGGUGGGACAAAGCUAUUUUGCCUGAAGGAAAAGGGUACGAAGAUUUAGAAGAAGCAGUUGAAUUCAUGACGACACAUCAAGAUUCAUUGAUUACUCAUUUAGUUCAACAUCCUAUACCUAUACCUGCACCAGGAGAUAAGAAACAACCUGAACGAGGAUUGAUGUUGACUAAGAAAGAACAAAAGAAGAUGAGAAGACAGAGAAGACAAGCUGAAUUAGAAGAUAAACGUGACAGACAAAAAAUGGGUUUAUUACCACCCGAUCCACCAAAAGUCAGAUUGGCAAAUUUAAUGAAAGUCUUAACGUCUGACGCAGUACAAGAUCCAACCAAAGUAGAAGCUAAAGUCAGGAAAGAAGUGGCUCAAAGAGCAUACAAUCAUGAAAAAGAUAAUAAAGAUAGAAAACUAACAGCGGAACAAAGAAAAGAAAAAGAAUAUCAUCAACUAUUAGCAAGAGAAAGAAAAGGUAUACAUGGCGCAGUAUUCAAGAUCAAAUAUCUAUCAAAUGGUAGACAUAGAUUCAAGAUAAGAGAAACUGCAAAAUCAGAUUUAUUAUCUGGUGUUUGUGUAUUUCAUCCUAAGUUCGCUUUGGUUUUAGUCGAAGGUGUUGAUAAAUCAAUCAAACAUUAUAAGAAAUUAUUAUUGAAUAGAAUUGAUUGGACUGAAGAAGCUAGACCUUUAGGUGAUAACGAAAAGGCAAAUGAGGAUGACGACGAUGAAGGAAGCGAUAAUGACCACGAUAAACCGAAAAAGGAGAAUGGAAAUGGGAAUGGUAAUGAAGAUGGACCCGAAAAUUUAGAAGAUAAUAAAUGUGAAUUGAUUUGGGAAGGUGAAGUUCCGGAAAGGACUUUUAAACAGUUCAGAGCGAGACAUGCUGAGACUGAUAAUAAAGCUAAAGAAUGGCUGACACCUAAAUGGGAAGGAAUGUGGGAUUUAGCUAAAAGAUGGGUUUGGCAAGGCGAUGAGUAG